CUGCUGGCCGAGGAGCUGAGCAACUGCCGGGACAUCGUCACGAUGCAGCUGUGUGCCAACAAGCUGGACAAGAAGGACUUCUUUGGAAAAUCCGACCCCUUCCUCGUCUUCUACCGCAGCAAUGAGGAUGGCACCUUCACCAUCUGCCAUAAGACGGAGGUGGUGAAGAACACGCUCAACCCAGUGUGGCAGCCCUUUACCAUCCCCGUGCGUGCCCUCUGCAACGGCGACUAUGACCGGACAGUGAAGAUAGAUGUGUACGACUGGGACCGGGAUGGGAGCCACGACUUCAUCGGAGAGUUUGCCACCAGCUACCGGGAGCUCUCCCGAGCACAGAGCCAGUUCACGGUGUACGAGGUGCUGAACCCCAGGAAGAAAUGCAAGAAGAAGAAAUACGUGAACUCUGGCACCGUGACACUGCUCUCCUUCUCCGUCGAGUCCGAGUUCACCUUUGUUGACUACAUCCGGGGCGGGACGCAGCUGAAUUUCACCGUCGCCAUUGACUUCACGGCCUCCAACGGGAUGCCGUCGCAGCCCACCUCGCUGCACUACGCGAGCCCCUACCAGCUGAGCGCCUACGCCCUGGCACUCAAGGCGGUGGGGGAGAUCAUCCAGGACUACGACAGUGACAAGCUCUUCCCCGCCUACGGCUUCGGUGCCAAACUCCCACCCGAUGGCAAGAUCUCCCACCAGUUCCCCCUGAACAACAACGCGGACAACCCCAGCUGUGCCGGCAUUGAGGGCGUGCUGGAGUCCUACCUCCAGAGCCUGCGCACCGUCCAGCUCUAUGGUCCCACCAACUUUGCCCCCGUCAUCAACCAGGUGGCUGGGGCGGCUGCCCAGGUGACUGAUGGCUCACAGUACCACGUCCUCCUCAUCAUCACCGAUGGUGUCAUCUCCGACAUGCUGCAGACCAAGGAAGCCAUCGUUACCGCUUCCGCCUUGCCCAUGUCCAUCAUCAUCGUGGGAGUGGGUCCAGCUGAGUUUGAGGCCAUGGAGGAGCUGGAUGGUGAUGAGGUACGGGUGUCUUCCCGGGGACGCUACGCUGAGAGGGACAUCGUACAGGUAACACUGUCAUUAAGCCUGGUCCUUCCACGGGCGAGAGAUGCUCAGCCCCUCACUGACCCCGCAGCUGCAAGGUUGUUGCAAACUUCUUCCCCCCACAGUUUGUGCCAUUUCGGGAUUACGUGGACGACUCGGGAAACCAGGUGCUGAGCAUGGCCCGCCUGGCCAAGGACGUGCUGGCCGAGAUCCCCGAGCAGCUCCUCUCCUACAUGAAGACCCGUGACAUCAAGCCUCGCCGGGCAGAC